UGAUAACAAUUUUGAAAUUUUUUUCAACAUGCUCAUUGAUUUUCCGGUGUUUGAGCCUUCGUAAGUCAUAAAAUUGUCUAAAAUUGUACCAAAUUCUCCUUAUAAUUAUAGAAUUUCUUCUAUUCAAUUCGAAGCUAACACCUUAUGAUAUUAAAUGGAACUUACUGCGGUUGAAACCAGUCUUCUGACAUACCCCCUGAAUAUCUCCGAUACGAAUGGAGGAAAAUUCAAUUCCGGUUUAGUAGAUGGUAAAUAUUCGGAGAUAAUCGAGUCUUUCUUGACUGAUGUUUUCCAUCAAGAUGCCACCAGCUGUGCUAAUAUAUUUAACGUAGCUGAUCCAUUUCAGUAUCUGAAAUCAGCGAUUGAGAAUUUUAUAUCUAAAACUGGCGAACAAAAUUACAAUGAAACUGAUAUUUUAAUUGUGGGCAUUGCUAGCUUGUAUCAUUUUGUACAGUAUAAUUGGACAGGCCCAGUAGACCCUAAGGAAGAUGAUAAAUUUUUGAAGUUCUUGACGAAAGGUUCAGAUUCUGAGAGUCGAAAUGUCAAUGAAAUCAAGAAACACAUUCUGGAAUAUUUGAACACAGACGACGAUACAAUUUCUCCCACAACUCGCGAACCUUUUUUGCUACUUUUGGCAGAAUUAAUUUUUCGUUCGAGUAUAAAAUUAUCGAGUAAAAAAUGGUGGCUGAUGAGAAGCCUUUACAUUCGACAAUCAUUAUUAUCGGAUCCUUCGCCAGCACUCCAUCAAGAGUUAACAUCUCUAGUGUCUUCCUUAGAGGAUCAGUUCCGUUCGGAUGAUUCUCAUUUGAAAAUAUUUCUCCACUUGGAAUCGGUUCAAAUAAGUUUACAACUGUAUUCGGAGAUCUCCAAAGUUCAACCGUGGCUAGAUCAAGUCCACAGAAGUUUGCAUCUGCAAGCCUCUCUUGUGGGUGCUUUGGGAAAGAGAACUCGAUUCCAGGAACGUGAUAUUGCCCAGCUCACUUUAAAAGUGGACUCAGUUUUGAGCGGUUUUUUGGAUGGAGGUGACGUGAAUGCAACAAGUUUACCGAAAGAUUUACGUUUAGAUGAUGAGGUUCGUUUACCUGAGAUUCGAUUCACUGAUGAAGAUGUUACCAAGUUUCCUUCUUUGAAUGGGAUUCAGCAGAGCGCUAUUAUGGCAUCUUUUGUUCUGAUGAAGAAAAGUAAACCGAAGGAUAAACUUCAGUUGGAAGAACUUUCUCCUUAUUUGAACUGUUUAUUAUCGCAGCCGAAAGUCUGGUGCUUACAAAUGGCAGCUCUCCUGUUCAGGUCUCGUCUCGAAGCUGAAUGUAGUCGUACAAUUGAACGAUCAAUUACUCAGAUUCAGUCUCUGAUCACCGAUUUGGAAUCUGGGGAACCUGCCAUAAUAGAACGCAUACCUUUCAUAUUCUGUUCUUAUAUGGUUCCUAAAUGGAAACUAGAAACGGAAUUGGCUAAAUUACUAGUAGAAGUAGGUGCCAUCCAAUCAGCUCUCGAUAUCUAUCUCCAUCUGCAGAUGUGGGAGGAAAUAGUGGCUUGUUACAAUUACCUCAAAUUACAACAUAAGGCAGCUGAAGUAAUCAGACAAGAAAUGACGAAACAAGAAUCAGUAAAAUUAUGGUGUUUACUUGGGGAUGCAACCGACGACGAAACAUGUUACCAAAAAGCUUGGGAAUUAUCAAAAUGUAAAAGCAGUCGAGCCCAGAAACAUUGGGCUUUGUAUUACUUCCAGAAAAAACGAUAUCAAGAAAGCAUACCACAUUUUCAAAAAUCCUUAGAAAUCAACAGUUUACAAAUACCACUAUGGUUUAAUUUAGGAUACGCCGCUAUGGAUCAAGAAAACUGGGAAGUGUGUGCCUCAGCUUAUCGCAGAUAUUGUUCCUUAGAAGCUGAUUGCUUCGAAGCAUGGAAUAAUUUGGCCAAAGCUUACGUGAAACUGGGUCAAAAAGAUCGAGCCUGGAGAGCUCUCCAAGAAGCUGUCAAAUGUAAUUACGAUAAUUGGAUGGUGUGGGAUAAUUUAAUGGCUGUCAGUACAGAUUGCGCUGAUUUUGAAGAAGUGAUCCGAUGUUACCAUAGAUUAUUAGAUUUGAGAGGGAAACACGUCGACGUAGAAGUUUUACGUAUUUUAGUCAAAGGUAUCGGCCUAGUUCAAGUCUGCAAUGAUGUAGUUUCUUUGAGAGAACAAGCCUUGAAACUCUUCGGCCGACUUACAUCUCUGGUUUUGAAUAACGCUGAAAUAUGGAAACUAUACGCUGAUUUGGUGGCCACGAAAGAAUCGAAGACUUCGGACGAUUACUUGAAAAUGAUCAAUAAUUUACAAAAAGCUUACAGAGUUGCCACCCAAGAUCCAGGAUGGGAAAGUACAAUAGAAGAAUGCACAAAAGUGAUGAGUUGGUGUGCAGAAUUAGUUGAAGUUCAAGCAGCAUUUCAUUCCGUUGCUCCAGAAGCUCAAGCACUCCAGCAACUGAAUUCCGUUAAAUUGAUAUUGAGAAGUCUUCUAGCUAAAAUCAAGAAUGCUCAUACCGAUGCUUUGGAUCAGCUAAAUGAAGCUUUAGUGGACGAUGUGAGUAAUCUGGAAAGUAAACUGAGUUCAAUCGAAAGUCAAUUGAGUAAAAGCAGUUCGUAAAAUUAAUCAGGUCUCCAAUACCCAUUUUUUUCAUUUUGAUUAUUUGAAUCAAUCUGUGAAUCAUUCGUAAGAAAUUCAGUCACCGAAAACAUUUUGAAUGUAAAAGAAACUCAUCGAUGGUGAAAAUUGAAAUUGG